UAUAUUAGUUAAUUUAUAUCCAGCAAAAACAAACAUGUCAAGUAAUAUGAGAUGGUGGGAAGGAGUACUACUAUUAUUAGUACUUUGCUACAAUGAUUACUCAAUAAUUUUGACCGUAGAGAAGAGUUGUUGAGCGGUUAGCUUGUUUGUUCACUCACCAGCACAGGACCCCAUCCCAACUGGUUAAACCAAAAAAAAAAAAAAAAAAAAAACAACAACACAACAAAAGAACAGUUAAGAAAACGAACUCUUAACGGCUACUUUCACUCUCUCUCUCUCUGCAUAUAAAGAAUCAAAGUUCUCGUAAAAAUGGCGUAUGAAUAGGUCUCAACAGAACACCCUUGACAAAGUGAAAAAAACAAAAGUAAAAGAUGGUGAUGAUGAUGAUGAUUCUUGGACCCACAAAUACAACCACACAUUUGGUUUCUCUUUCUUCUUUCUCUGUUUUUCCUAUGCUUUUGCACCCCUCGACUAAUUCUAAAAAAAAAGAAAACGAAUCCUUCUUUUCUCCUCUCCGCAUAUCUCGCAAAAGAAAAAAAGAAAAUUCUCAUUUGAGGGACAGAGUUUCCUCCUCCGCAAAUCUUUGGACUCUCCGUUUUUUUCAAUUUUCUGAAAAACUAUCUUUUUUUUUAUUGAUGUAAUGUAGAGAGACCCUUUAUUCUCGCACCCAACAUUUUUACCUCCCUUUAACCCGUUUUCGAUCCGGGUUCUCUCCCAGCUGGAUCGAAUUCAUUGAUGGGUUUUGGGAGGUCAUGGGUUGCGUGAGCUCCAAGCAGGCAAAGUCCCAUUCCCCGGUUCACAAUUCGUCGGUGACUGUCCCUGGUGUAGACAAUGUUGAUCCUGUAUUGCAUAUUAAAGCAGCUGGAUUUGCUCCUUUGGAGAAGAUCAAAGAGGAGCCUGAGAAAGAGGGAGAGGAUUCGGUACGAAGAUUUUCGGGGAAAUUGAGAGCUUCUAAGAAGGGAAAUUCUGAUAAAAAAGGUGCUACUUUUAGCAUCAAAUUUGGAAGGUUAACUGAAGAUGAACAUUUGGCUGCUGGAUGGCCUGUUUGGCUGACUGCCGUUGCCGGUGAAGCCAUUGAUGGAUGGAUGCCUCUUAAAUCAAACAUGUUCCAGAAAUUAGAAAAGAUUGGACAAGGUACAUAUAGCAGUGUUUACCGAGCACGUGACAUUGAAAAUGGUAAAAUGGUCGCCCUAAAGAAGGUGCGAUUUGACAAUUUCCAACCAGACAGUGUCAGAUUUAUGGCACGAGAAAUUGCAAUUCUCCGCAAACUUGACCAUCCAAACAUCAUGAAGCUGGAAGGGAUAAUCACUUCUCGGUUAUCAUGUAGCAUUUACCUUGUUUUUGAGUAUAUGGAACAUGACCUAUCUGGAUUAUUAUCAUGUCCUGACAUCAAAUUUAGUGAUUCGCAGAUAAAAUGCUACAUGCAGCAGCUACUGAGCGGAUUAGAGCACUGCCAUUCACGAGGGAUAAUGCAUCGGGAUAUUAAAGUCUCCAACAUUUUGGUUAACAAUGAAGGAAUUCUGAAAAUAGCAGAUUUUGGUCUUGCAAAUUUCCUUAGUUCAAGGCACAACCAACCACUGACCAGUCGUGUGGUUACAUUAUGGUAUCGACCUCCUGAACUUCUAUUAGGAUCAACAACUUAUGGGGUCACUGUGGACUUGUGGAGUGUUGGUUGCGUUUUUGCAGAACUCUUUUUCGGAAGGCCCCUCCUGAAAGGGAGGACCGAGGUUGAGCAACUGCACAAAAUUUUCAAACUCUGUGGUUCCCCUCCAGAUGAUUACUGGAAAAGGUCUAAACUUCCACUUGCAACCAUGUUUAAGCCCAAGCAACCAUACGACAGUACGCUUCGAGAUAGAUGUAAAGAAUUACCUAAAAGUGCUGUAAACCUUAUUGAAACACUUCUUUCAAUAGAUCCUCAUAAACGCGGAACUGCUUCAUCUGCUCUCAAUUCUGAGUAUUUCAAUACAAAGCCUUAUGCUUGUGACUCGUCGAGCCUGCCUAAGUACCCACCGAACAAGGAAAUUGAUGCAAAGUUCAGGGAAGAAGCGCGAAGAAAGAGAAACGGUUCCACAGCGCAAGCAUCGGAAGCUUCAAGAAAUUCAAGAAAAGCCAGGAAAGCUCUUCAAGAACCAAGCAAUUUCUGCAAAGUUGUUCCAACAGAGGAAAUUGAGGCAAAUAUGCAUGGUUCUCAUGGAAAUUACGGUAGUAACCCCCAAAUUUCUAAGGGAAGACGAGCUACUGUCUCACGGAUAGCAAUGAAACCAUUGUAUGACACAGUAUCAGAGGCUUCUCAUAUGACUGAUGAGUCUCAAGGGGAUAGCAGCAUUCUUUCGGUUCCUGUGCAAAUGCCAGAAUCGAGUGGUUUUGCAUGGGUCAAAAAAGGAAAGCAGGAUUCUGCAGCCACAAGACUACAUCGACCUCCCAAUUCAAGAAGUCAAAAGUCGAGUGCCUUCGAUCCUUCUGGUGUAUUCCAUGCUGGGGAUAGCUUGGACUCAAACAUUGAAGACAAUGAUGACUUUCUAAGGAGGGCCCACACUUUUAAGCAUUCUAUCAAUACGAAACAUGUUCAUCAUGAACGUCCAGAUUCAUUUGACUUGUGUGAUCAGGACCUAUCAGCGGAUUACAGUGGCCAACAAGGAAGGGUUGGGUUCUCGGGGCCUUUAUUAAGCCAGUCCCAGACGUUUGAUUCCAAGAAGGAUAGUCAAACUCGAAAAGGUGGUCGUAGGUCCCGAUUCUAUGGAGAUUUAUAAUUGGAAUAGCUAAGAGGAGUACAUCUUGCAUCCUAUGCAUGCCUUAACUAUUGAAUUUUGAGCGUAGACUGACUUUCUAGCUCACCUCAAAGUCCAUCGGAAGUCUAGGGAGCGAUGCAGCUUGUUUUUCACUCGCUAUUUAUGGUGCAACAUUCGUGAGGCUUCUUUCCCGUCUCUGCAGUUUGAUCCUUGCAGUUAAUGUUCUUACAGAUCUCAAGGAAGCUGGUGAAGAAAUCAUGCACGAGAAUGCAAGUUCACAUCAUAGGAACCAAAUGGUAUAAGCCAGAAUAUUGAUGCUCAAUGUGGUUUGCAAAUUUCAUUAAGCUCAAACCUGAUUUUAUAAUCUCUUGUUUACUUUUUCUUUUUAAUUAGUUUGAAUUUUACACGUUUAGCUCAUUUCUUAUACAGCUUUCACAUUGUUUUUGUUUAUUUUGUUUGUCUUGUAGUAUAUAUCAUGGACAUAGGUAUGAUAUGCUACAGAGCUUUCUAUA